AUGAUGGUUCCUUUUCUACCUGUACGUCAGAGAGAAGUCGCAGGGAGUGGCGGCACCAGCCACCAGUUCGUAACAGAAGCACGGCGCUACUUUCGCAAAUUUGAUUAAAGAUUAGGGUAUCUUUGUAAUUGGAUAUUUCUACCCGUAUUAAUUCUCCCUUUCCCCGAUCUCUUUUCGGGUUUUCUUCGUCUCUCCCUCUAUUUCUAUCCCUCUCUGCAACUGCUUCACAGUUUGUUUUCCAUUCGCAAAUCGUUGAAAACUCUAAUCUUUUUGGCGGGAAAGAUGUCGGGAAAAGGCGCGAAAGGUUUGAUUACGGGGAAAUCCUCAGCUAUGAACGCUAACAAAGACAAAGACAAGAAGAAACCUGUCUCUCGUUCUUCUAGAGCAGGCUUGCAGUUCCCUGUUGGCCGUAUCCAUCGUCUCCUAAAGUCCAGGAUUGCAGCUAAUGGAAGAGUGGGGGCAACAGCUGCUGUGUACUGUGCAGCAAUCUUGGAGUAUCUUACUGCAGAAGUCUUGGAACUGGCAGGCAAUGCCAGCAAAGAUCUGAAGGUUAAACGUAUAACACCAAGGCAUCUGCAGCUUGCAAUCCGAGGGGAUGAAGAACUUGAUACACUGAUAAAAGGAACUAUAGCUGGUGGAGGUGUGAUUCCUCACAUCCACAAGUCCCUGAUCAACAAAUCCUCCAAAGACUAGUGGCUUAAUGCUGUUUAAGGGGUAUUGAGUUGCUUAUUUUGGCUGUGUACAAUUGCAGACUGGCUGAACUCCUUUUCUGCUGCUGAGGCUGACUGGGUAUUGUCAUCUUUUUUCCCUAUAUUAUUGGUUAUAUUUUUCCUUUGAGGCAGAUAGGAUUGUUUCAUCUCAUUCAAGUAAUUACUUAUAAAAAAACUCCAUGCAAGUAAUUAUGCAAAUUUUGCUCCACA